AUGACCGUAGCGAAAGGAGACGAUGAAGAGCGACCAGUUUAUCUAUCACCGACUGACGAACAAGAUCAAGAUGUUGGACUGAAACCAACCAUAAAUCUUUUCGGUGGUGUAAUGAUUAUUGUUGGAUGCAUUAUUGGAUCAGGCAUUUUCAUCUCUCCAAAAGGAGUUCAUGAGAAUGCCGGCUCGGUGGGGUGGUCACUGAUAAUUUGGGUGAUUUGCGGUGCGUUUUCUGCGGUCGGUGCCUAUUGUUAUGCCGAACUGGGUACAUUCAUUCGAUCGUCUGGCGGUGACUAUGCAUAUGUGUUGGCUGCAUUCGGACCGUUGAUGGGCUUCUUAAGAAUGUGGAUCGAGUGCAUCAUUGUGAGGCCGUGUACAAUCACUGCGGUCGCGAUCACAUUUGCCACCUAUAUUCUUCAACCGUUCUUUAGCACUUGUGCUGUUCCUUUCCUCACUCCACAACUGCUAGCUGCCGGAUGUAUAAUUCUGUUGGCAUUAGUGAAUUGUCUAAGUGUCCGCUUUACGACGUUCGUGCAAAAUUUCUUCACCGUCGCAAAAUUAGCUGCACUCGGAUUGAUCAUAUUAACUGGAGUUAUACUUCUUUUAUACGGAAAUCCUUAUCACGACUCGUUCGAAGAUCUAUGGGAAGGAAGUAAAUUCGAACCUGGAAGUAUUGCGCUCGCGUUCUAUUCAGGCUUAUGGGCUUACAACGGAUGGAAUUAUUUGAACUUUAUCACUGAAGAACUGAUUAAUCCAACCAAAAAUUUACCUCGUGCAAUUGCAAUCAGUUGUACAAUCUGUACGCUUGUGUACUGCCUUGCGAAUGUGGCGUUCUAUGCAGGAACAUCACCUGACGAAUUGCUGGAAUCGAAUGCGAUCGCUGUGGAUUUCGCGAAUAGAUUUUACGGUAUUUUUGCGUGGAUUAUGCCAGUGUUGGUGGCAUUUUCAUGCUUUGGAACAGUGAAUGGUGUUAUGCUCACAUCAUCGAGAUUAUUUUUCGUCGCUGGUCGCCAGCAACAUAUGCCACGAGUAUUGAGCUAUAUCAACCCUUAUUUGAACACACCAAUUCCAGCGGUUCUUUUCACGGCUCUUUUGUCGAUGUGUUAUUUGUUGCUCUCAGAUAACAUAUACACACUGAUCAAUUACGUUCAAAUUGUGAAUUGGCUUGCGAUUGGAAUUGCAACACUUGGACUGCUUUAUUUGAGAGUGAAGCAACCCCCGAAAGACUACCCUCGACCGCUUCAAGUGAACCUUUUUUGGCCAUUCUUGUUCUUGGCUGGUUGUGUUUUCCUGGUCGUUUUCCCAAUUUAUCAAGCCCCUGUUGAUACAGACAGUUUAACGUUAAGUCUACAAAAGCUUUUUUUGGUUGUACCAACAAAGAAGGAGGCAUGA